CCUCUCGCCCAAUUCAGUACCAAGUACCAACCAGCCCCCGCGAAUUGCCAAACCCUAAUAGGCUCAUUUCUGGAAGAGUAAGUGAAGUCGUCAAUUCGUCAUUGAAGAGCUCACUCAACAAUGGCAGUGCCGACGGUGAAGUUUCCGAUCUUCUUGCUGGUGAGGAUUAUAGGAAUCGUUGUCGCGACGCUGGUUAUAACGUGGACGGUGCGUUACAGGGGAGGAUUGGCCCUCAUCUCCGAUAAUAAGGACCUCAUUUUCAAUGUUCAUCCUGUUUUAAUGGUUAUUAGCCUUGUAAUUUUAAAUGGUGAAGCAAUGAUGGCUUACAAGACAUUACCUGGAACGAAGAACUUCAGAAAAUUAGUACACCUUGUUGUGCAAUUCCUUGCUUUUUUCUUGGGUGUAAUUGGCGUGUGGGCUGCUUUGAAGUUUCACAACGAUAAGGGCAUUGACAACUUUUACAGCCUGCACUCAUGGCUGGGUCUAACUUGCCUCGUCCUAUUUGGUAUCCAGUGGGCCAUUGGGUUUUCAACCUUCUGGUAUCCAGGCGGGUCAAGGAACAGCAGAGCUGGUCUACUGCCAUGGCAUGUCUUCUUUGGCAUUUUUAUAUAUGCCCUAGCUGUUGCAACCUGCACUACCGGGCUUCUGGAGAAAGUUACAUUUCUUCAAACCAAUCACAUAAUAUCGCGCUAUUCCACCGAGGCAUUGCUAGUGAACUCUCUGGGUAUGCUGAUUGUUGCGUUGGGCGGAUUGGUCAUUCUUGCUGUUGCUUCUCCAGUGAAUGGACAUGGUGACAUCCUCCGAGAACAGUAGAGAACAGAGGCACUGAGGCCCAAGAUGUAUACCUGACUUAAUGUAUUGAAGCACUUCAUUGAUAAACUCUUUUAACACUGUAGUAACAUGAGCCAAGUAAAAUAAACUUUAGUCCACCUUUCUUCAUUAUUCAA